CCCCACGUCUUUUUCCGAGCUAUACAUAUACGGCCAAAGAGCGUAUUAGGUAUCAUCCGCGUCGUUAUUAUCACUGAUCAACUUUUGUUUGUGUCACACUCCCGAACCCUAGUUCUUCCAUCUCCCACACUUCGCUGCUCAAUCCACUUACAAACACACGAUACUUCACCCAAUAAUUUCUUUCUAUUGGAUUAGCUCUGCGUUUGAUCUAACUAGCUUCAAGCCGCUAAAGAGAGUACGAGGCUAUCUAUUUUAAUUGUUGUGUUGUGGCUUGUGAAGAUGGAUCAACAAGGUCACGGGCAGGCCCCGGGUAUGGGCAGCUCUACGCAAAUGCCGUACAGUAUGGCACCGUACCCACCGAAUCAAAUGAUGGGAAUCGUACCCCCUGCAUCAGGUGGGCCCGUCCAACCAUCACAAACAUCGGGCCUCCCAUCUCCCCCAGCCCAACUGGCACAACAACAGCUCGCUUACCAACACAUCCACCAGCAACAACAACAACAGCUGCAACAACAACUCCAAAGCUUCUGGGCAAAUCAGUACCAAGAAAUCGAACAAACCACUGAUUUCAAAAACCACAGCCUCCCAUUGGCUAGAAUCAAGAAAAUCAUGAAAGCAGAUGAAGAUGUGCGAAUGAUAUCAGCCGAAGCACCGGUCAUAUUUGCACGCGCGUGUGAAAUGUUCAUUCUUGAGUUGACUUUAAGGUCAUGGAAUCACACUGAGGAAAACAAAAGGCGUACGCUGCAGAAAAACGAUAUUGCUGCUGCGAUCACGAGGACUGAUAUUUUUGACUUUUUAGUUGAUAUAGUACCACGUGAAGAUUUGAAAGAUGAAGUGAUUGGUUCUACGAUUCCGAGAGGUGGGCCGCUUCCGGUUGGAGCCCCGACUGAGGGUAUGCCGUAUUACUACAUGCCUCCACCGCAGGUUGGUGGUUCGGGGAUGUAUAAUCAAGCACUUUAUGGGCAGCAACCUCGCCCGUACAUGGCUCAGCCUAUGUGGCCACAGCAGCAGCAACAAGAACCUCAAGAAGAUGCUUAAUCAGGUGGGCAGGCUUACAAGAGAUGGGAUCCUGAAAGUUGGUGGCUGUAGAUGAACACUUACUUUUGGCCGUCUGUAUCAAGGUUUAAGUUAUCAUGUGGUUUAUUAGGAAUGUUUGUAGUCAUACUUAACUAUGUCUGCGUGUCUAUUUGUCCCUAACAAAACUGUUUUUAUGACGUUUGCGACUAACAUGUGUAAUAUCUGGGCCUGUUUCUUGAAAAGUCAAACUCAUAUCCAAUGGUGAAAGACAUGCCGCUUGCUCU